UGGACUGUUUAGGGCAGUAGUGCAUUGGAAGUGUGUCAGAGCGAUACUGAAGUGAUUCCUACUAGCGCAAGAACCGGGCGGGCGCGAGUGACUCUGCCUCUACCGAUGAGCAUCCAGGGACUCGCACGGUCAGUCGGUUGGUUGCAGAAAGCGCAAAUAAAAAUAAGUACUAAACGGUGUGAACGCGGGAAUACGAAUGUGUUAGUACUAGAACACUACCUAGACCGCGACCUUCGUUGAUAGUUAACUUUGUAAAUAGACGAGCGAAUGUGCUUGGGAGAUUCACUGGGCAAAAUGUGUUAGUUUAUAACCCGGGGACUACAAACUUGUCGUAAACAAGAUACGCUAGGAUUGUCAACAUUGAGGGAUGAUGAUACGGAAAGCGUUAUAAUCAGCUGAAUGUAAUUUAUUUGAACUUGUACUAUUUCUACUAUUGUUCAUCGAUGCUGACGCGGAACCAUCGCGAAACCUUUGUAAUAACCCAGUGUCGAAUGAUGCAUCGAAGUGAGCAUAUUUUGUUCAGUCACAGUGUUGCACAAAUGACUUCAGGUUCGAAGGAUGAUUUAUCCGAAAAGUGCAACAGCGGGAGGCAGUGAUCAUUUGACGGCACCGGCAAGUGUUUCGUCCAAUUCGUCUGUGUUGGGCUCAACGCAGAGAAGCAUGUCCACGACUUCCAAUCACAACAGCCAUCAGCCGAGUUUGCAGAGCGGUGGUGAAAAUCAUCAUUCGAACACUGACCAUGGACAUCACCAGCGCAACGCCGAAGAUGGUACCACCGUCGGCAGGAAGCGGAAAUAUUCCUACAAUGAUAAUAGCGAUAUUGAAGAAGAUAUGGGCGAUGAUGCUAAAUCGGUUCGAACAAAUGACGAAAACAAAAAACAAAAUCACAGUGAAAUUGAGAAACGUCGACGUGAUAAGAUGAACACCUACAUCACGGAACUGUCGGCGAUGAUUCCGAUGUGCCAUGCCAUGUCCCGAAAACUUGACAAACUAACCGUUCUACGGAUGGCUGUACAGCAUUUAAAAACGAUUCGAGGAGCGGUAAAUUCCUAUACUGAGGGACACUACAAACCGGCUUUCAUCUCGGACCAGGAACUGAAGAUGUUGAUACUUCAGGCAGCCGAAGGGUUCCUUUUUGUUGUUGGCUGUGACCGAGGACGGAUUCUGUACGUGUCCGAAUCGGUAUCACAGGUUCUUAAUUAUUCUCAGGGUGAUCUACUAGGCCAGAGUUGGUUCGAUAUACUGCAUCCGAAGGAUGUUGCUAAAGUAAAGGAGCAACUGUCGUCUUCAGAUCUUAGUCCAAGGGAAAGGCUUAUCGAUGCCAAAACUAUGCUUCCCGUGAAAACCGAUGUUCCACAGGGAUUGUCGAGACUGUGUCCAGGUGCUAGACGGUCUUUCUUCUGUAGAAUGAAGUGUAAAACAAACGUACAGGUCAAGGAGGAAACAGAAGCCAGUAAUUCAUCACCCAGUUGUCAUCGAAGAAAAAGUAAAGUAAAUUCAGACAAGAAAUAUUCAGUCAUCCAGUGCACUGGUUACCUCAAGUCAUGGGCGCCGGCAAAGAUUGGUCUCGAGGAACAUGAAACCGACGGCGAGGGUGAUUCGUGCAAUCUAUCUUGUCUGGUGGCGGUUGGUCGGGUUCAACCGAGCCUUUUUCAAAAUUAUCAACGCUCCGGAAGUUCUAGUCUAAACAGUCAACGAGUAACAGAUAGCGGAACUAACGGUUCUAGCGGCACGGCAGCUGGAGGACCGAGUGGCACAAACAGUGGCAAAAGCCGACAAAAUAUUCCUAAUUUGAGAAAUGAACAGUUCAUAUCACGGCACGCGAUGGACGGAAAGUUCCUAUUUGUAGAUCAGCGUGCCACGUUAGCAUUAGGGUUUCUUCCGCAGGAACUUUUAGGUACCAGUAUGUACGAGUACUAUUACCAUGAAGACAUUCCGGCGUUGGCGGAGUCACACAAGGCCGCCCUUCAGGGAACACAGUGCGUCACAACGGCGGUCUAUAAACUAAGAACGAAAGAAAACGGAUUUGUGCGACUGCAGAGCGAGUGGAAAUCAUUUCGAAAUCCGUGGACCAAAGAUUUUGAGUACUUGAUAGCGAAAAACAAUGUGAUAAUGUCGGAUCUGGCCGUAUGCGACGGGGACAAGUAUGGUGGAGGAAGUGUGGCGUCACAUGGCGGAAGCGGAAGCAACAACAAUGCCGAGCUGAGUGGUGGAAACAACGAGAGUAAUGGACAAAGUACGGUUGGAUAUGAUUUUUUUAAUCAUUCUAACGGACGUGAAAUACAACGGAUUAUUCACUCACACGUGGAAGCCAGUAAAAUCGGCCGCCAAAUAGCGGAACAAGUGAUGGACCGUCAACGACGAACUGGUGAUUCGUCUACAGAAAGUAGCCCGGAUCCGGCAGAUGUAAAUAUUCCUCAGAAUUUCCAACCUAUUGCACAGGAGGUCAGCAGUCUGUCUAGUGAAGCAGUACUGACAGUGGAACGCACUUUGGCUGCAUCUGCACGAGUUUCACCAGCAUCAUCGGCGGGUGGUGUUCCUGCCUCCCAGCGGGUUAACGGAACACUUCCCGGCUAUCAGCACGUACGAAAUAACUCUAUUAUCAGUCCAGGUAACGAAGCACCGCACACUCAAACUACCAGCACAGAUGGGAAUGAUGAAGCAGCAAUGGCAGUUAUUAUGAGCCUGUUGGAAGCUGACGCUGGACUCGGAGGUCCGGUAGAUUUUUCCGGUCUACCCUGGCCGUUACCAUAAUUAAUCACGCAGAAAUUGCCAAACAACCACGCAUUGAAGCAAAGUUACCAGAUGAUAAAAUAAUGUGCAAAGUCAGUUAUUUUUUUAUUUGUUUAUCGUUUCGGAAUAUAAGUGAUUUAUUGAAACUAUGA